AUGAAAGCAAUAAUCGGAUCGGAAUCUGUAGAGGCAGUGGGUGUAGGGCGGGAGACGGAGUUUAUGGAGUUACUGGGCCUGGGUCUACCGCAUCGGUAUGUCACCCGGUCAAAUCACAGUUGGACUGGUGCUGGCGCAGAUAAGAAGCCCCUUGUUCCGUCCGCGACCUCUACUGUAUCUAAAAACACAGGAAAAACCAUUCGACAGGUUUUGGACUGGCAGAGCACGAUUGUGAAGCAUUUGCGAUGUCAGCAUGUGCUCAGUACAACGCAACUGCUGGAAUUGGCCAGCUUUUUGAACUACUUGGCAUCCUGGUGUCAGCGUCUGGUCGAGACCAGUAUCGAACUUUGCGUUUUCUGCAGGAAUAAUAACGCUCCGUUUGAGAUGUAUACAACGCACAAGGCUUUAAAGAAACGGUCGAAAUAUCGGGCUCGUAACGCUUCACCUGAGCAGAUACCUACCACGAGCACGGGGAUGACAAUUCACGAGAAAGCAGGUCCAAGGAAGGAAAAACGACGAAGUACGCGCAGAUCAUCAUCAGCAGGUCAAGGCACUGAGGUGCGCACCAUCAAUUUUCGAGAGGUAGGAGAAUUUGAAAAGGACGAAGUUCGAAAGGAAGUAAAUGAUGUCAUUGCUGAAGUUGAGAGCGAGCUGGCCGGACAAACGGAUAAGAAAUCCAGUAGGCGGGCGGGUGUCGUUGACCUCGGUGGUUUGGAACUUCCAUUGGAAGAAGGCGAACUCUCACGCGCAGAGCGGUGUUUCUUGCACGCAGCAGAAAGUGGAGAUUUGGGAACGGUAAAGGAACUCCUCGACCGGACAGAGUUGCUGAACUUCAACCCAAAUUGCACCGACGCAUUGGGUCGAGACGCCUUACGGAUUGUUAUUGAAAACGAACAUUUGGAACUAUUGGAUCUUCUGGUGCAUAGUCCUUUGAUUGAUUUGAAAGACAGUCUACUUCAUGCCAUUAACGAAGACAAUACAGCUGCAGUCGAAGUCAUUUUGCAAGCACAAACGGAGCGAGCAUGCAAGAAAAAUUUGAAAGCUUUAAAGAAACGGUCGAAAUAUCGGGCUCGUAACGCUUCACCUGAGCAGAUACCUACCACGAGCACGGGGAUGACAAUUCACGAGAAAGCAGGUCCAAGGAAGGAAAAACGACGAAGUACGCGCAGAUCAUCAUCAGCAGGUCAAGGCACUGAGGUGCGCACCAUCAAUUUUCGAGAGGUAGGAGAAUUUGAAAAGGACGAAGUUCGAAAGGAAGUAAAUGAUGUCAUUGCUGAAGUUGAGAGCGAGCUGGCCGGACAAACGGAUAAGAAAUCCAGUAGGCGGGCGGGUGUCGUUGACCUCGGUGGUUUGGAACUUCCAUUGGAAGAAGGCGAACUCUCACGCGCAGAGCGGUGUUUCUUGCACGCAGCAGAAAGUGGAGAUUUGGGAACGGUAAAGGAACUCCUCGACCGGACAGAGUUGCUGAACUUCAACCCAAAUUGCACCGACGCAUUGGGUCGAGACGCCUUACGGAUUGUUAUUGAAAACGAACAUUUGGAACUAUUGGAUCUUCUGGUGCAUAGUCCUUUGAUUGAUUUGAAAGACAGUCUACUUCAUGCCAUUAACGAAGACAAUACAGCUGCAGUCGAAGUCAUUUUGCAAGCACAAACGGAGCGAGCAUGCAAGAAAAAUUUGAAAGAAUCAUCAGCAGAGCGCACCUCGCGAAGCUUCAUGGAGAGUCUCGAAUUCACGACCUUUCGGAGGUAUGCUGCAUCUGGUGAAACUAACCAGGGUCUGCUUGGUCGAAUUCAGUCUUCAUCUUUUACACCUGACAUCACGCCGAUUAUUUUGGCUGCUCAUCGAGAUAAUUACAUGAUUCUCAAGCUGCUACUCGACCGAGGAGAUCGUAUUCCCAAGCCACAUGAUCUUCGCUGUAGCUGCCACAACUGUGUUCAAGCCAGACGCACAGACGGUUUACAACACUCCAAACUGAGAAUAAAUGCCUUUCGUGCACUCACUAGCCCGUCCUUUAUUAUACUCACGAGCAACGACCCAAUACUGACGGCUUUCGAAAUGAGCUAUGAGCUUAGGCAGCUCGGAGAGCUGGAGAAUGAAUUCCGGACCGACUAUGAAGAACUCUCGGAGAAGUGUGAAACAUUCGCCACGGAGCUUCUUGGUGAGACUAGGAGCUCCGUAGAGCUGAGUGUCAUUCUAAAUCACGAUACCGGUUCUGGAGGCGCUGGAAUGCACGUACUUGGACUGACUCGCCAGCAAGCAGAUGAUAGCGAAGAAGAGUAUUUGCAGUUACCUCGUUUGAAGUUGGCUAUCAAAUACGAACAGAAGAAGUUCGUUGCGCAUCCACACUGUCAACAACUGCUGGCCUCUAUGUGGUACGAUGGUCUUCCCGGCUUUCGACAGAAACCAAUGCUGGCGCAAUUAACCACUAUGGGCACGCUAUGUGCCAUGUUUCCCGUCCUGGCUACGUGCUAUAUGUUGGCUCCUCGUUCAAAACCCGGUGGCCUCAUGAAGAAACCUUUCAUUAAAUUUUUGUGUCAUAGCAGUGCAUAUCUAUCAUUCUUAGGAUUACUUUUACUGGCUGCCGUCCGAAUCGAAUCUCUGUUAACUAACACGAUGGACGAAAGGAUGAACGAUCGUGCACCCUGGCCCUCACUUUCCGAAGCAGCACUGGUUGUCUACGUCUUAGGUUUCCUUUGGCAAGAAAUCAAGAAGGUUUAUACGUGGGGAUUUCGAGCCUACAUAUCCGAUAUGUGGCAUCUGUUGGACUUUAUAAUGAUCUCCAUGUAUAUAUCGACAAUUGCAAUGCGAACGGUUGCAAUAAUACGAGUUCAACUGUAUAACGAAGAAAGGUUUGUCAACCGCGGUCAGUGGGAUUCAUUCGAUCCAAUCCUAAUAUCGGAAUGUCUUUUUGCCGGGGCAAAUAUUGUGUCCACACUCAAACUGGUAUACGUAUUCACUGUGAGCCCUCAACUUGGUCCGCUGCAAAUAUCCCUCGGUCGCAUGCUCUAUGAUAUCUUCAAGUUCUUUUGUGUCUACGUCCUUGUCAUUGUGGCAUUCGCGUUCGGUUUGAAUCAGCUGUUCUGGUUCUAUGCCAACAAUCGGGCUAGAAACUGCAAAAAUGUACACUUCACUUUAGAGGAAGGACAGAAGGAUGUCUAUGACUAUUGUAUCACACGCGGAACACAUUUUACCAACCUCUUUGAAAUCGCCCAAUCACUGUACUGGUCCAGUUACGGGCUGAUCGAUUUGACCAGCUUCAAUCUGGAAUAUCCCCAUGCAUUCACUGAAUUCGUAGGAAAGCUGACAUUCGGUGUCUACUCGUACAUUGCGUUCAUUGUGCUUCUCAAUAUGCUUAUUGCGAUGAUGAACAGCUCUUAUGAACAAAUUGUGAAAUACGUCAAGAUGAUCAAAGAACGUGAAGCUCGUUACAUGGUAGUGAUGCGUGAACUAACCAAACGAUACAUUAUGAAGAAACUCCGAGCUGCUGAAUUCGAGCCUGUGGGUGCUGACGAUUUGAAUGAAAUCAAAGGGGAUAUCAGUGCAUUCCGCUUCGAACUACUUGAUAUUCUGAAGGCAAAUGGGAUGAAUAUACCAAUGAUUUACAGAAAAACCGGAAAACUCAGGAAGAAUCGGGAUGGACUACAAACCUCGGAUUAUGAAGAUAUUAGCAGUUUCAAAGAAACAUUACUCGAAAAAGCCAAGGGUGUGGAAUCCAAAAAAUCAGCGACUGGACUAUUCAGAGCCACCGUGGACAUGGCUCGUGCCAGGGCAACAAUCGAUUCACUGCAUCAUGGAGGGCCGGUGGAAAAUCCGGCUUUUGUAUCUGAUGAACCGGAUUUUAAACAAAAAGGACAAACUGUCGAGUGUGUCAGUGAACUGGAGCCGUUUCCAACAACCACUCGGGAUGUCGCUGUAGUGAGGAGACUAAGAAGCAGAAAGGAUUCCGAAAAGAAUCUUACAUGCGAUAGGACGAAACCUCAAACCGAAGCACUAACCAGUACUGAUCCUUCUACACCAAAGCCUGAAGACACUUCCUCACCAGUGGAAUCAACAACCAUAGCAGUUUCGUCAGAUCAAAAAUCUUCAUUUAGCACAAAAUCUUUACACGCAAUGGAGCAGGUCAGUUUCACAUCUCAAGAUAAAUCUAGCUCUACACCAACUGAUACUGCAAAAGAAAGUGCGGUCAUCGAAAGACGGGAUUCGGGAGAUGUGAAGAGGUCACAGGCUCCAGCCCCACCACCGCCUCCACCCGUGGCAAAGCGUCCAAGCCUGGCACCAGCAACUGCUAAGGCUGCAGCGGAGAAAACAGUGCCACCCAAUGUCAAACCAUUGAGCAGAGGAGCAGUGAUGACAGCAGAAAAGAGGAGUGAAACAACAAAACCUAAGAAAACGGAGGCAACGGACACUGAGAAAACCGAUUCGGAGCAAACUAGUUCUAGAAGUGACUUCGUCUGA